AUGGAAUAUUCCGCGUCUUUUUACAUCCCGAUUUGUAAAAUGUAAUUUUCUUCUUUCAAAAUGCAUCAGUUAUCAAAAUCUGAGCUUGUUAUACCUUCUCGGUUAUAUAGAUAAAAGACGGACUUGUUUAUUUCAGGAUGAACCACGACCUCGAUUCCAAUGCUUCCACGGACUCAACGGCACCAAAUCUGGACCGAAAGCCGAGAAGGUUGCCGAUUUUGAGGGUCACGUUUGAUGUGGCGUUGCUGGCCAUUGUCUGUAAGUCCCCACUUCUUGUUUUCUGUUUUCCCAAAUUAGUAAUAUGAUAAAGGAAGACCAAGGCGGACCUUUUUUAAAUAUAGUAUGUUUUUUUGGCAAGGCAAUAACAAAUUUUUUAAAAAUAUUUUAAAAAACGCCUUGGUCCCGUUAUAGCGUCGAUUUUCACCUAUGGUUUCUUCGAACAAAAUCCACAUUUUGAAGCCGGUAAUCCGCUCCUUUUUCAGACUUCGUCUCCAAGGUUGUCUGCGAGACUUUUGGGCCGGUGAAGUUUGGCUUUUUCUGCCAUGAUCAGCGAAUCUCAUUCCCUUAUAAAGAGAGCACAGUGCCGCUGAGCAUGCUGAUCAUUUAUUGCGUCAGCAUUCCUCUGACUUUUGUAAGUGUCCCUUUUUUCAAUCUUCAUAUCCUUUUGCUUUACGGGAUUGGCGCAGCGACACUGUACUCGCUAUUUUCUCUACAGACCAUAUUUUCAGAUCCUCGCCAUCGAGAUAAUCCUUCUCGGAAUCAACCCACACGAGCGCUACAGCGUCUACGAAUACCACCGUUGCAGGAGCGCUCGGUUUUUGAUCCGUCUCGCAAUCUUCUUCGGAUAUUAUUGUGCGUUUGAGUUGUUCAUCCUGCUGAUCACAAUGUACACCAAGAAUUCGGUGGGCCGACUGCGCCCCUACUUUUUGUCGGUCUGUCAGCCGCUCUACGACGUGGACGAGUGCCGAAUUCCCGGCGCAUAUAUCGCAAACUACACGUGCACGGGUGGCUCGCGUGAACGAAUUAACGAGGCCAGGUUGUCCUUCUUCAGUGGGCAUUCGAGUCUUGCGUUUGGCACGGCUGUUUUUACUGUGGUAAGUGUUGGAAUAACGGGGAAAAGGGUGGUCUUGAACGAUCGUAAAUAUGACACCGGGUUGUGGGUAGAUACUGACCGUAGACCUUGAGUUCUCAAUCGCUGAAAAUCUUGUACAAUCCAAAGGCGUUUGUAUUCAGUACUUUUUUGAGGCGCAGCGACAUUGUGCUCAUUACUUUCCCGACAGACCAAUAACGGCUGAUUUUAGCUCUACCUCCAACACCGCCUGGUAGGCCACAUCCGUUCCCGAAUUGUCGUUCCGCUAAUUCAAACCCUCAUCAUUUCCACCGCCCUUUUCGUCGCUUUCACCCGAAUCUUCGACUUCAAGCAUCACUGGACGGACGUCAGCGUCGGAAUCGCCGUCGGCGUCUUCUCGAUGCUGCUUCUAUGCAGAUUUGUCGCCGGAUUCAGAUAUCGCGCGCCGCGCGAAGUCGAAGCCGAGCUGGUGGCGUUGGAUUUGGAGGCCGAAAGGAAGCACGGAGAGAAACUGAACUUGAACAACUCGCUGAGGAAGCCUCAGCAAGCGACGAGCUUGGCCUCGAACAGGUCCUUCCAAUGGGCUGAGGCUUAUUCGUAG